AUGUCCCUUCUUCCUUGGAAGACCUCGCUGGGGAUUUUGAUAUUUGUGUUCCUGGAAAGGCACCUCCCGACACUGACAGGAAACAAAGAAUCUGAUUACUCCACCGCCCCAGCCUACCUUGCCGCGGACAAGACCCGGGCACCCGGCACCCCAUCGCCGCCCGUCGGCCCGGGCCGGGCCUCCACCACCCUUCCUCGGCCGGCCGGGGAGGAGCAGCCUCUGGAUUUCCGAGAAGCCGGGACACGCCCGUUGCCUCGGAGGAAGAGGUCUGCCCCGUUGCCUCUUGGAGUCAGAAUUUGCCCCGGGGAGAGCGUCCCAAAGGCCACCGCCAACCACUUAAACUAUUUCAAAGUCCGAGUGUGCCAGGAAGCUGUCUGGGAAGCCUUUAAGAUCUUUUGGGACCGACUUCCGGAACGCGAAGAGUAUUGGACCUGGAUGAAGCUGUGCGAGGACGGGAAUACGAGCGUCUUCGAAAUAGGCAGCAACUUCAGUCGGUCGGAGGAGCACCAGAACCUCAUUAUGAAGAAACUCUCUUCCCCAAAGGAAACCUCAAGCAGUGCUGGUCCAUCGACUCCCGCCGGCGAUGCCACCACAUUGCGAGAUGCUUGGGCUGCUGUCCCGCCUCCGGAAGAGGUCUUCAUCGAAGGUGCCUCAGAUCGCAGUUUGGAGAGAACAGAUGAAAGUAUUCCCAAUGAGAUCGGCGAUGUGACCGAGAAGCCCACCAAGCCGACGGCCGAACAGGUUGUGGAAUUUAGCAUCCACCUUUCCGGACCGCGGUUCACUGAGGCCCUGAGUGACCCUACCAGUGUCCACCACCAGCACCUCUCGGAGCAUUUUAUCUCACAGGUUGAAAAUGCAUUUGAUGGCUUACCUGGAUACAAAGACAUCCGUGUGCUGAAAUUUAGGUCGCCUGAGGAAAGCGGCAGUGGCAUGGAUGUCCACUUUGCGGUCACAUUUGACGGUGAGACCAUCAGCAAUGCCACGUGGGACCGGAUUAACCUCCGCUCCAACAAGGUGGAAAACCACGGCCUGGAGGACCUCGAGGAUAAACCCACCGUGGUUUACACGGUCAGCAACUUCCGGGAUUUUGUCUCCCAGGCCCUCCGCAGGAAUCUCUUGUUGGGGAAUACCACACUGAGCCCAGAUCCUGAUUCCCUCUUGCUGCUCAGCGUGAGAGAUGUUCUUUUCCCAAAUCCUGAAGAUCCAACGUGGAAUACCGAAAGCCCAAGCCUCCUAGCUCCUCCUCCGUUUGGUCUGGAUAAUACCCUUCAAGGUGAACAUCCUUCAGCCGAUGAAUCGACAGCCAGCAGUGUCUUUCCCCUUGAUUUCGACAAGCCAGGCCUCACACACGUGGAAGGAUCAGAAGGUUUACUUUUUGUUAACUCGUUGCCUUCGACCACCCCUACCCGUGCCGUGCCAAGAGAAACCAUGCCAUCCACCCUCGACCCUGGGACACCUUGGUCUUCUGCACCGCCUGUGGCCUCUCCGUUCCCACUGAAGUCCCUUGCCGAAGAAACCGCCUCACCCUUUGGCCUGCAGCCAGACUCCUCCCCUGAAAGUGAACUCUUACUUGGAUCGGGUUCGGGGUCCGGACUAGAACCGGAUCCGAUUACUUCACCGUGGAGGAAGCCGUCGGUGGAGCGGGCCAUCAACGCUGCCCCUUCUGCGUCAUCGCUUGGUGGUAGGGGAUUGCCAUCCCCGUCGGAGGAUGUGGAGGAUCUCGUCGACGCCGUCGGCCUGACUGAAGUCACCCCUUCGGGAGUUACAGCCGGCGUGGGAGAAGGCCUACUCGCUCUCUCUGAAACUACAGAUGAACCCAUCUCUGUGGAGACCACAACUCAACCUGUCCCUGUGUUUUGGACGUCAGAGUCCUUAUCUGCCGAACUCCCUCCUCGCUCAUCUGAGACUUCUGGAUUGGAGGGGGAUUCUGCUGUAACGGAACAAGAGGAGGCUGUCGAGCUGUCUGCCACCGAACGAUUAGAUGUAGGUGUCUCGGCCGCUCGGCCGGGCCCGGAGUCGGAACGGACCGAACAGCCGAAGCCGGGUGUCGCGCAUGGAGAAGCUGCUUCUUCCCCGGGUCUGUCUGUCAAGGACUUGUGGGUGGACGGCAGUCCAAUUCCAGAUGCACACUUCAACACUCAAGGACCCUCUUCCGCACGGCCGUUAGCAACCUCAGCGGGUCCCAAGACUGCAGUAGCAGCAGCAGUGGAUGCUAAAAAGUCCAGUCAGGCUCCUUAUCUAAUGGAGUCAUUCACCGGUCCGGAAGACCACUCGAAACCACCCGAAUCAGGUCAGGCCGGUCCUGCCCCUUGGAACGCUGAAAGUAACUUUGUUUCUCCCACGACAGUGGGUCCGGUGAAGAGUACCACUAGCCUCCCGCCCAGAGCUCCCCUUACCCAGGCAACUGAUUGGCGUCCGACCAUCAGCUCCCCUCAGUUGGAGGAUGAAGUGAUGACAGGCGUCCAGGAUAUUUCACUAGAACUGGACCGGGUGGGCACGGGUUACUAUCACUCUGAGCUAAAUCAAGAAGAAGGUAGCGAUGCCGGGACUCGCGAGGAAAUGUCUACCGACGUCCAUGCCACAGAGCUGGCCAGGGUGGUUUGGCCCACUCGUGCGGGCCACCAGCCAGACCGGGCCCUGGUGGUCUUCUUUAGUCUCAGGGUUACCAACAUGAUGUUUUCGGAAGACUUGUUUAACAAAAACUCCCCUGAAUAUAAGGCAUUGGAACAGAGAUUCUUAGAACUGCUGGUUCCCUACCUCCAGUCCAAUCUCACGGGAUUCCAGAAUCUGGAAAUCCUCAACUUCAGGAACGGCAGCAUCGUGGUGAACAGCCGAAUGAAGUUCGCCAAGCCCGUGCCCCGGGAUGUCACCGGUGCCGUGUACAUGAUUCUGGAGGACUUCUGCAACACGGCCUACCAAACCAUGAACCUGGCCAUUGACAAAUUCUCCCUGGACGUGGAAUCGGGAGAUCAAGCCGAUCCUUGCAAGUUUCAGGCCUGCGAUGAGUUCUCCGAGUGUCUCGUCAACCGCGGGAGCGGGGAAUCCGAGUGUGUCUGUUAUCCCGGUUACCUGAGUGUCGAAGGGCUUCCCUGCCAGAGUGUCUGUGACCUGCAGCCCGAUUUCUGCCUCAAUGACGGGAAGUGUGACGUCAUCCUUGGCCACGGGGCGAUUUGUAGGUGCCGCGUGGGAGCCAACUGGUGGUACCGAGGCGAGCACUGUGAGGAGUACGUGUCGGAGCCGCUGGUGGUGGGCAUCGCGGUCGCCUCCGUGGCGGGAUUCCUGCUCGUGGCUUCUGCCGUCAUCUUCUUCCUGGCCCGAACCCUGAGAGGCCAGUAUGCGAAGAGCGAGAUUGAGGGCUCCUUCCGGCGGCAGGAUGACAGUCUCUCGUCCGCUGAGCAUGCAGUGAAGUACAACCCCAUGUUCGAGAGUGACACCACCGGAUGUGAGCACUCCAGCAGGACCUACCCCCGGCUCACCUCCUACAGCUCGACCAGCGGGGAGACGUCCACUGACUUCAGCAGCGAAGAGAUCAGGCACAUCUACGAGAACAGUGAGCUUUCCAAAGAGGAAAUUCAAGACAGGAUACGGAUUUUAGAACUUUAUGCCAAAGACCGUCAGUUUGCCGAAUUUGUGAGGCAGCAUCAAAUGAAAUAUAUGUAAGCAGUUCCCACAUCAACAGCGGUAGGACACUUGUGGAAAAUGAAGAUCACUCUUUGCCACAUUUCUGGGGCACUGCUGUAACUUCCUAGGCACAUUUAGGGUAUUUAAUUGAUUGGGUUGGAUUGGAAGAAGAAACAGUUAAUUUGGGAACUUUCUUCUUAUAUCUUCUUUCUUUAAACCCCAGAUAGAUUUUUCAGAAUUUUUUGGUUUCCAGAAGAGGAACUCUAAGAAUAGGUGAGUUAAUGGUUUUACAACUAAAAAGGAAAAAAAAAAUCCAUAUUUCCAGAGCAGAAUCCUGAGGCAGAAUAUAGAGAAUGGGGACUCAGAGUCUGGACUAUAAAAGGGCCAUUUCUGUUUAAUUAUUCUGGACUUCUAUCCUGAAAAUAUGGGCAUGUAAACCUGGGGUUAUUUUUAGAUCUGAAAAAUGCAGUGUGGUCUUUUUGUGUUUAUUUCUGGUUACAUUUUCACCAGAGGCAUUGUAUUUCAUUGUAUUGUAUUAUUGUGUUCAUUUCUGAGGGAUUUGAUGUCACUGGUUCAUUUGGGCCAGGAAUUAUAUAUAUUUUUUAAGUUCUUAAGGAGUAAAAGCCGUGUAGACUGUGAGUCAUAUGGGAAACAGGGACUAGAUUGAACCUGAUUCUCUUGUAUUUACCCUACGCUUAGAACAGUGUUAGACACACAGUAAACACUUAACAAAUACAAUAAGAAUAAUAAUAAUUCCAGUGGAACUGUGGAGAGUGUGAAGGGCAGCUCAGGGUGGUGGGUGUUGAAGAGCUGCAUCUCGGUUAGCCUUUUCCAAAUGAAUUUCUCUUUCAGCAAAGUGCGUGGAGAUACGGAAAAAAAAGGUAUUUUUAGCCCUGUCUGCACAUCUGCACAAAAAAUGCCCUUGCCGCUGAGAAUUAACUCAGAUGUAGUUGUGAAUUCAGUCAAAGGUAUUUAUCGAGCAUUUCUAAUGUCCGGAUCACUGGAUUAAGUGCUUGGGAGAGUAUGGUAUAGACGAGGCUGGGAUUGCCUUUGAAACAUCAAAAUGAGCAUUUCUGAGCUGCUGAUUGAUGACAGCCAUGUUGCUGUGAAAUGGUUAUAACUUUAUCUGGGGAAUUGCCUCAGAGGGAAUCCAACAUAAGGGACCCAGUGGCUUUAGCUGGGAUGGAGAGAAGAAAAUCAGAAGAGAAAUGUUGACGUUGGAAAGAUUAAACCAAUAUAUUGUGAUAUCUUGGAGUGCCUGAGUGCAAUAAAAUUGUGUUGCUGAGGUAAAGGAGUAACGCAGAUAGGAUAUUGGAGGUAUAGUAGUUGUGUAUUAGGCAAUAAGAAGAAGACUUGUAAAGCAGUAGACUGGAGAUCUUGGUGUUGUAAAUUGUCACCCCAAUCGUUCUGAUUUGUUGUGUGGCCUUUGGCGAAUUUCUUAAUCCUGCUUAAUCCUGCAUAUGUAAACUAGUUACAGAGAUCUGGCAAAUCCUGGGACCUGCUAUAAACUCCUGGAUAAAUAAUUUACUGUGGGAAUCCUUCUCUAGCCCCUUAAAGACCCACUGAGAAGCAAACCAUCUAUGUUUAAACUGGCCAAUAUCUUAUGCUUAAACUGACCUAUAUCUUACCAUUCCAUUCCCCUGCAUCUAAGAGGUCCUUGCCUGUAUCACUCUGGACAGAUGGAUGAAGGUCUACCCUAUUCUAAAACCCCUCUAGAGAUGUCAUUCAUAUAGCAAUAUACAAUUAAGUGCAUGCCAUCGAUCACGCCUCCGUUUCUGCCUUUGAAGGUGACAAAGAGAAACUGAACCCAAUUGAUGACAGAAUAUCUUCAUCCAAAAAGCAGAAUCAAAAUGACAUGGAGAUACUAAGGUUUCCCAAAAUCAUGUUCACCUAAAGCAGUCCUUGGUUUUAAGAUAAGAAUCACCAACAAAAAUACACUGUGGACUUCAAACAAGGGCCGGGGCACCUGUGAGAAAUGUCUGUCAAUCAACUCGUCAGUGGUAUUCAUUGAGUGCUUACUGUGUGCAGCACACUGUACUAAGCACUUGGGAGAGUACGAUACUACAGAGUUGGUAGACGUGUUUACGGUCCACAGAUCCCCGGUGUAAACCUCAACUGUCUUGAGGCAUCAACUUAGCGGGCCCAUUUUUAGUAAAUAGUAUUUAUUGAGCAUCUACUGUGUGCAGAGCAGUGUGCUAAGAGUUUCGCUGAGGCAUCAUCCUAGCAGAAGUAUUUUCAAUCAGUCAUAUUUACUGAGCACCUACCAUGUGCAGAGCACUACACUAAGAGUUUGGGAGAGUUCAGUAGGAGUAAUAGACAUGACUUCUUCCCUCCAGGGGUUCACACUCAGGCUGCAACAAGACCUAACCAUUCUUGAAUUGAUUUUAAACUUUUUCCCAGAAACAUAGAAGCAGUGUGGCCUAUUGGAAAAAAAACCAGGGGCUUUCACGUAAGAGGACCUGAUUUCUAA